AACUAAACAAAGCCCACGCAUCAAUUUUGAGCUCAUUCUGUCCUCACAGGGAUAAUUCAUAACAUUACUACAUCAUAAACGACAAGGAUUACAGAACAGCAAAGAGAGAUAUGUACAAGCAACCUUGGCAACAGUCAACCAUAGAGGCUGUGCUAAGAGUGAGUGAAUGGGGAUGCAGGGCAAAUACAAAACUAAAAGAGACCAUACAGAGAAGAACAAAUAAAGGCUUUAUUAUGUACACAAAUUGUUGAGAACACAGUUAACACUUAAUAACAUGGUAUAGUGCCUCAACUCCAUACUAAAAGGAAAGGAGUGAAGCCCAUAUAUUGAUAAAAUAUGGUACUAAAAACAGAAAUCUAUAGACUGUUGCAAGUAUAUUUUUAUGCAGGUACAUUUCAUGUUUGCAGUGUCCACUUCAGAACUGUCAUCUAAGUUGUGUACAUGGGCAAUAUGUCUUUGGAGACUUGGGAUACUUUAUGUACCAUCUUCCUAAUUGUUAAAAUAUGGGACUAAAAACAGAAAUUUUAAGAUAAAGGUGGAAAUGUUCCUGAAGCAUCAGAAACCAGGUUCUUUAACAGGUUUAGCUUAGAGUGUUCUAAAUGCCUUCAUACUCCUUUAAAACAUGCUAACUUAACAACAACUGCCAUGAAAGAAUAAUAACCAACUGGGAAGUUCUUACCUUAUAGAUAAUGGUUCCUCUUCAUGUUCAAAUGGCACUAGAAAUUGAUUUUUACU